AUGGAGGAACUCAUCCCAGGAACUCUUCGACUCUUCGACGAGCAUGGCCGUCCGCUCGUCACGGAUGGAACAGGACUGAAGAAGCACGGCGACAUCGUGCUCGUGCCUCAGCCCACCGACUCGCCGAAUGAUCCUCUUCAUUGGUCCCUGUCGCGAAAGAUCUGGCACAGUGUGUUGGUCUGUUUCGUCACGGCAUUAACGGCAGCGACUUCCAACGAUGCAGGUGCAGCUCAAUACAACGAGAAUUUGGAGCUGGGUAUCAGCUAUGGGUCCUUCAACACAGGCGCCGGUAUCCUUUUCGCCGCGAUUGGCUACUGGUGUCUGCUGUCGUCUCCUGUGGUAUACUUAUACGGCCGUCGGAUUCUCUAUCUUGUCUGUAUGUUGUUUGGCAUGAUUGGUGGUAUCUGGUUCGCCAAAGGCCAAAAUACCAGCGAUGCUAUCUGGAAUCAGUUAUUUGUCGGUGCAUCCGAGUCAGUGGCUGAAGCUACUGUCCAGUUGUCACUGAUGGACCUGUGGUUCCAGCAUCAACGCGGUUCAGUGCUGGGUGUGUACGUUCUAGCGACAAGUGUCGGAACAUACCUUGGUCCGCUGAUUGCAAGUUACAUCGCCGACAGCAGCCUGGGCUGGCGAUGGAUCGGCUGGUUCGGUGCCAUCUUCUCGGGUGCCACAUUCCUCGUCUUUCUCUUCGGCUUGGAAGAAACCGCCUUUCAAAGACCCAAAUACUUGAUCAAUGGAGGAGACCAGUAUCUCAUUGACGGAGUCAAUAGAGCCGCAAGCAACAACUCAGGGGACGCUUCAGCCGAACCAGGCAAGGAAAAGAUUGCUGGAACACCCGGCCAAACCCCUUCGACUUUGGAGCGUUCCACUGGGGCAGAUGAUAGACCAAAGUCAUACUGGGAACGCCAUCGUAUAAUCACGCCAGCGCCUAACCUCAAAGGCACCGGCUUCAAGCAAUACUUCCAGCGCCUGUGGCACAUUCUUGGGGUUUUUGGCUUUCCGGCCGUGUGGUAUUCUGGAUUGCAAUGGGGAGCACAAGAUGCGUGGCUAACCUUCUACUUGACGGUGAUGGAAGACAACUGGUAUGGACCACCCUGGAAUUAUUCCGACGCCGCAGAUGGAAACAUGAAUAUUCCCUGCUUGAUUGGAGCUGUUAUUGGGUGUUUCUACGGCGGUUGGGGCAGCGACAAGUUUGUCCAGUGGAUGGCAAAACGGAAUGGCGGCAUUAUGGAAGCUGAGCAUCGAUUAUGGUUGCUCUUCCCUACAGCUUGCAUUUUCCCCGUCGGCCUUUGGAUCUUCGGUGUAGGUACAGCCUACGGGUGGUCGUGGCCGGCUCCCUAUGUCGGUCUCGGGUUCAUCGGGUUCGGCUGGGGAUGCGCCGGUGACUUGAGUAUGGCAUAUCUGAUGGACGCCUAUCCCGAGAUGGUGUUGGAAGGCAUGGUGGGCGUGGCGACCAUCAACAACUCGAUCGCCCUGGUGUUUACUUUCACUGCUUCGGACUGGAUUGCCGCGAGCGGAGUCAAGAACACGUUCAUCGCCAUCGGCGUUCUGUCCUUUGUCUUUCUGAUGACAACCCUGCCCAUGAUCCUUUGGGGCAAGAAGGCUCGACGCUGGACGCGAGGCCGAUAUCAGAGAUUCUUGGAAAGUCGAGACGGAUUUGACUGA